UCCUUUCCGGAGCAGACGUUCCAGUGAUUUGAAAAUUUUCUUAUUUAACUUUUGGAAAACUCUUUCCAAGAAGGAUGACCAAGGGAACUACUAGCUUUGGCAAGCGCCACAACAAGACGCACACAAUCUGUCGUCGCUGCGGAGACUCGUCGUAUCAUCUCCAGAAAUCGAAGUGCUCCCAAUGUGGCUAUCCCGCGGCCAAAACUCGCUCGUUCAACUGGUCCCGAAAGGCGAAGGGUCGCAAGGCUCAGGGAACCGGAAGGAUGCGGCAUCUGAAGAAGUUGCGCCGUCGUUUCCGCAAUGGAUUACGUGAAGGAAGUUCCGCGAUGAAGAAAUCUCACUAAAUCUAGGAAAGGUCUUGGCUGAUCCCAAUAAAAACCCUAAUGAA